CUAAACAUGAUGCGAUAUCAGUAUUGGGUGACCAAAAAGACUGUAUUGAAAAAAUUGGGUACAAAAGAAGACGAAUGUAUUAUUGCCUCUGACGCGGAACUUGAUGCAAAAUUGGAGUUAUUUCGAUCAAUAUCAGAUAGUUGCUUGCAGUUACAGCGUGUCUUAGAUCAGUACCAGGAACGAUUGUGUAUUUUGGCUCAAGAGGAGAAUGCUUUAGGGAAGUUUUUACGAGAUGCGGGGAAGAAUUCAGAUGCGUCGGGGAAACACAUGGUAUCCACUGGGAAAGCUAUAUCUUAUUCUGGACAGCAGCGUUUAUCGGUGCGAUCACCUCUUCUAAGGCUGUACCAUGAAGUGGAGACGUUUAGAGGUCGUGCAGUGAGCGAUAUGCGUGCCACAGUGUCGGCUAUGGAAAAAGCCCGCAUUGAAUACCGCGCCGCACUGAGUUGGAUGAAAUCAGCCAGUUCCGAGCUCGAUCCUGAUACAGGACGUGGUCUCGACAACUUUCGCAAGGCGCAGCGGCAAGUGCGCGAGAGCAAAAAGCUGUUUGAUAAGUUGACACUUGAUGUGUUGCAAAAGAUAGACCUAUUGGCUGCAGCAAGAUGCAACAUGUUCUCACAUGUCCUGGCAAACUAUCAAAGUUCCUUCCAGACCUUCGCCACGAAAGUGGCACAAACUUUAAUUGCGACUGCAGAUACUAUGAAUACUGCACCUCAAUAUGAGUUUAGCAUAUUGAAAGAACUUUCUCAGAAUUUGGGAGAAGGAGCCGAGGGAAAACCUGAGACGGUUACUCCUCAAGAUAAGGAUCAAAUGUUGUUCUUCCAGGAUGAUUACAAAGACAAACCAGAAGGCAAUCAAAAAUUAAAACAGGAUCCUAAUCAAGACUACAAUGAACAAUCUCCACUAUCCAAAGAAAAUAACAAUGAACAAGAAGCAUCGGCUGUAAAUCUGAUUGACACGAGUUGUUUUGAAUCAGAGGGGGGUGAAGGGUCUAGUGUUAUUUCAGAUCUGGCUGGAUUAAGCUUGGAAUGUGGAGAUAUACCGGCUCCUUUUGGAUCUUUCUUGCCUUCACAACUGUUGAAGGAUCUUUGUUCUACGAACCUCCUGGAAGGUACAACAACAGCACUUAAUACAGUUGACAAUGAUGCACCAGGUGACCGAAAUGAUCGUAAACAAAUUCCAGUACCUAAAAAGGAAGAUAAAGCAGCCUGGUUCAAACUGUUUGCUGAAUUGGACCCGCUGGCAAAUCCUGACAACAUUCCUGGCUCCAACAGUAACCAAAGUCAUGCAGCUUGAUUUGAUUUAUGGAACAUUUUACAACAAACAUUAUUACUAUUCUGAGUUAUUCCAGGUAGGCCAGACUUACCUCCUAUUCACUGUAGAGAAGAUGUGCAAUAACUCUAAUCAUCAAGUUAUAUUUAGACCUGCACUAAUUUAUUCAACAUGCUACACAAACAAUAAAGUUAAAAGUGAGUCAUUUCAGGGUCGAAAAGUAACUUGUAAGCUUUUAUAUUUUAUAUUUUAUAGGUUUACUUUAAUAGCACGUUUGGAUGGAUAAGUGGCACAUUUUAAAUUGGUUUAGAGAUGUAGGUUUCCCUUAGCAAAUUAUUAAACAAUUGACUGUUUAGUCACUUGGGGCUUAAGGAUCAACGCUUCUAAUUAGCUCGCAGCAUCACUUCGUCCAUACGAUACGACGUAUUUUGUAUGGGGUACCAUGAGCACGUUGAAGUGUGCUGAUAUAAUACGCAUUAAGUAUGUACGCCAGUGGUGUGCAAAUUACUUUUAACUAUGUGUUGUCCCUGUUGUAUGUAUUCCAAAUUUCUUUUCUGUCUUAUAAUAAUGUUUUUACUAAAGGUGUUAUCACAGGUACCAUCCCCAACCUUUCUGCCAAGAAAACCGUAUUAGUAUUAUUAGGGUGGCUUCUUUUGGGGCCUAUGAGGCCCCUCAUCACUGCGACCAUUAAAUGAUCUCUUGUGAUCACCAUUAAUUACAGCUCAGAGCCAAGACCAACAGCAUUAAGGAACUGAAGGAGUUUCCUGGCUCCGACAGUUUUUAUGUCUUCUGGGCGUGGCCUGUGCCUACCCAGUAUGGAACUUCUUACGCCCAUUAGUGGGCAGCACUGGGUGAGGAGACGCACAGGAGUUUCAUCCGCCUCAUGGCAGAAUCUACAUUCUCUGUUUCUGUCUCUCUGUCCAAUAUUUGACAUGUGCUUGUUCAAGCCACAAUACCCUGUUAAGGUUCUAGUCAGCAUUCUGAUGCCGAAAUAAAACCGUAUAGUGUAGGCCUAAGAUAAUGUAAAACGUGAAUAUUAUAAAAUAUGAAAUUGGUGGCAACAAAGUGUUACAAAAACGCGUGUCCAUAUUGUAGCUAGUAAAACUUAAUUAACACUAUCAUCAAAAAAUUUUGUUUCAUUACACAAAAUGACCAGUUAGUCAGAAAUGUAAGCUGUUGUAAAAAAUUGUAACAUCACCAGCCAGUUACCAUCACAAACUAUGCCACUAAUACAAACUGGAUUAAUUGUGUCCUCAAAAAUUUAAACAAGUUAUUAUUAUUCAUGAUUGGUUGAGAUAUUUUAUUAUUUGUAUUCAAUUAGAGAUAUGUUGCCAUAUCCUGUGAAACAACUGGCUGGGACCUCUAUAAGUCGCUCAUCUGUAAAUAAGGUCGCACCUUUUCGUUAUAACCUGUAUAUUACCUAAAUAUUUCUCAGAACAAAGUAUUAACUUAGAUUUGAACUAACUUAAAUACUUAGAGCUUGUAAAGUUCUAGUCGAUUGUCAUAAAAAUAUUUAUGUACAUAAACAAAAUGUAUACCCUCCUUAAAUACGUUAGAAUUAAUGUUUCAUACAAGUAUUGUACCAAAAAUAUUCUAGUCGAAAACCUGG